UGUGGUUGUGUUGACAAGUGUUUGGUGGAAAGGGGACAUUCGUGACGAGAAAAAAAUGUUACGGUUCUAAACUUUGUUGUCCAUUGCGAUACUGUCGUGAAUGGUGCUGUAUUAACUGGUGUGUAUGUCAUUUAAUUCAGGAAUGUCUUCGUGCUAAUCCUUAAUCCUCCUAAAUGAGGGUGAUAACGUUCUUCGUGGUCGGGCUGACAGUCCAUGUUGUCUUCUUCCUGUCCAUCUUUGAUAUCUACUUCACCUCCCCUCUGGUCCAUGGCAUGACCCCACAGUCCACUCUUCUUCCUCCUCCUGCCUCCCGGUUGGUCUUAAUAGUGGCUGAUGGGCUCAGGGCAGACAGUCUCUUCUCCAAUGGUUCAUCCAGGGCCCCAUAUUUAAGAUCAAUCAUUGAGGGUAAGGGUACCUGGGGUGUGUCGCACACUCGUGUCCCCACUGAGUCUCGUCCUGGUCAUGUUGCACUUAUUGCUGGCUUCUAUGAGGAUGUCAGUGCUGUUGCAAGAGGUUGGAAGGAGAAUCCUGUGGAGUUUGACUCUGUGUUUAAUGAGAGUAGACACACCUGGUGUUGGGGCAGCCCCGACAUUUUGCCCAUGUUUGCUAAAGGUGCCAGUGGGGACCACGUUUAUGCUGACUCGUACCCGGCUCAAGAGGAAGACUUUGCUUCUACGGAUGCUUCCAGACUGGACUCUUGGGUUUUUUCUCGAGUCAAAUCCUUCUUUCAGUCUGCAAAAUCAAACUCAACUCUGAGAGCCAACAUGUUAAAGGAUAAGAACAUCUACUUUCUGCAUCUUUUGGGCAUCGACACAAAUGGACAUGCACACAGGCCCAUGUCACAGGAGUACCUUGACAACAUAGCUCUUGUUGAUGCUGGUGUUUCUGAUUUGGUCUCGACUGUGGAAGAUUUUUUUGGCCAUGAUGGCAGAACCGCUUAUGUGUUUACUUCUGAUCAUGGAAUGACCAAUUGGGGCACUCAUGGUGCUGGACAUCCUUCUGAAACUCUUACGCCUUUAAUAGCUUGGGGAGCAGGAGUGAACAAAGCCUGGACAGAUACUGAACCACAAAGUUACCAAGAUGGGUACUUAGAAGAAUGGAAACUUGAACAUCUGAGACGAGUUGAUGUCAAUCAGGCUGAUAUUGCUCCACUAAUGGCAUCUCUUAUUGGUGUGCCCAUACCUGUCAACUCUGUUGGUGUGUUGCCUCUUCAGUACAUUGACAACAGUGAUCAGUUCAAGGCGAAGAGCAUGUACGCAAAUGCAAUUCAAGUGUUGGAGCAAUUCAAGGUAAAAAUGACUCAAAAAAGAGAGACAACCUUGCCCUUUCUCUUCACACCUUUCAAGGAGCUGACCGAGUCAAAACAAGCAGAAUUCAUCCACAGAGCUCAAAUACUUUUGCAGUUGGAAAAGUAUGCAGACGCGAUCUCCCUGAGUCAGACCCUGAUAUCACACGCCCUGGAAGGCCUAGGCUACUACCACACCUACGACAGGUUUUUCCUGGGCUCCAGCGUUGUGCUGGGCUUUGUUGGCUGGACGUCGUACGUCGUCUUAGUCAUUCUCAAGACUCAUUCAAGCUUCAUUAAACACCCAAAUCUGCUCAAACAGGUUCCUAAUCGGAGCCUGCUGAAACUGUGUUCAUGUGUCACUGCGGUCAUCGUCAUUUUCCUUUUUAUCCAGAAAAGUCCAGUCACAUACUAUAUUUACUGUCUGCUGCCGGUACCUGUGUGGUACUCUGUUCUUAAAGAAUCUGGGAUUCUCAUUGACUUGAUACGCUCCGCUCCCUCGCUACCUCUGUGGAAAUGUUUUGGCUACUUCAUCCUGGUAGCUUUUGGAAUAGAGCUUCUGGUGGUGAGUUUCUUCUAUCGCUCCAUGCUGACUGUGGGCCUGGCUUUUCUCUCGCUGUGGCCAAUGCUGUCAGGAUUAUGUGGCAAAGCCAAGUUCUGGUCAUUGAGCUGGUUUCUCGGGUGCAUGUGCUUGGCUGCGUUCCCCUUGAUGCCCGUUGUGGGAAGAGAGGCCAACAUACAUCUGGUAACGGCGUCGGGUUUUCUCGUUCUCUUCACAUCAAGUUGUUACCUCUAUUCAUCGCACGGCAGGACGCCACUCAGCGUCGGAGACAAACAGCUGUUUUUCAGCCAGAUGCUGCAUGUGUUCAUGUGUGCGUUCAUAUCAUACCUGACGCACUUGAGCCUGCGGCAGAAGCAAGGCCUGCCACUUCUCAACCAGAUUAUCAGCUGGGUGACAUUAGCAUCAUCAAUAUUUGUUCCAUUGUUGAGCUCAACGAGAAUUUUUCACAGACUUCUCAGCAUAUUCCUGUCUCUCACCAGCACAUAUCUACUGCUGAGUACUGGGUCGGAGGCUCUGUUCCCGCCUGUGCUGUCUUGGCUGAUGUUUGUGUGGAUCAACAUGGAACAGGAGGCGCUCGUCUCUCAGGGCGUCUCUGGGAGACAAGAGCUCUCUACGAUCGAUUUCUCUGCAAACAUUGACAUUUCUAAGAUUCGACAACUCAAGCUGGACGAUAUCAGAAGGUCCUAUGUUUUCGUAUUCUUCAUCAUAACAGCUUUCUUUGGCACGGGAAACAUAGCAUCCAUCAACAGUUUUGACCCAACAUCUGUUUAUUGCUUCCUCACUGUCUUCAACCCCUUCAUCAUGGGAGGGCUGAUGAUGUGGAAGGUUAUUAUUCCCUUCAUUAUAGUCAUGUGUACGUUUGAGACUAUUCAGGUUGUGACACAGCUUUCAGCAAGAAGCUUAUUCCUCAUCGUCUUGGUCAUCUCAGAUUUGAUGGCUUUGCAUUUCUUCUUCCUGGUUCAAGACUAUGGAAGUUGGCUGGACAUUGGCACAAGCAUCAGCCACUAUGUGAUCGUGAUGUCAAUGACUAUCUUCCUCAUGCUGCUCAGUGUGGUCACACACAUUUUUACCACAAGAAGACUGGUUAUUUGCAGGAGACCAAAGAUGCAUUUCCCCUGACAACUCAACGCACGAGAGACCAUGAGUAUGUGUCAGUACUCUUCAUUUAAAUGUUUUUUUUUUUUUUAGAACCAUGCAUUGACCUGAACAUAGACAGUGUCAUACAACAGCAGAAAUAUCGCACAUCAUUUUCUAUGAACGUUCAUUUUUAAAGCAAAUUGCACUGAGCUAUAACUGGUAUUCAUGCCUUUGUACAACAUUCAUGACUAUAACAGAACAGAGUGCAUUUUUAAAUCAUGUCUAUUCCAAAGUGAAUUCCUACUUGAAUUUUGUUGUGUACAUAUUGUGUUUGUUGGCAGAGAUGCAGAAUGUGAAACUCAGUGUUGGUUUUUAAGGGAAUGUAUUUAUUCUAAUAUUAUAGCUGUAUUUUUUUAGAUCAUUUUUAAUGGAAAAUAAAUGACUACACUUCAUAUGAUGUCAUGUUGAUCAUUACAGGCAGAAUUUUGUUGACAAAUGUGUUAUGUUUCAAAUGUUUUUUUUAAUGUGGUAUUUGAUGGAAUUAGUAGUUUGGAUUUAUGAAAAAAAUAUGGAAAGUAAAAUGACAAUGUAUAUUAUGACAGAAUGAAGACUAAAUGUGUUUGAGAUUUACAAAUAGUCAAAUUAAAUUAUAUAUGAAAUUAAUUUAAUACUAUUUUGUCUCCAUCCUCAAUCAAGCCAUGAAAAACUUAAAAUGAGUGAAAAGUAUAACAACAGUAAUAAUGAUAGUGUUCAUAAUAAUGACAAGGCCUGUAAUACAAAUAAAAUUUAAUCCCAUUUUUCCCCAUUUUCUUCUCACAGUUUGAGUCAAACAUUGAGUUGUUUUUUUUUGUCCCGAACAGAUACACUCAUGAGUGGCAAACUGCAGCUGUGAAAACCACAAAAUUAUUAUUAUUAUUAUUAGUAUUACUACUACUACUAAUAAUAAUAAUGAUAAUAAUAAGAAUGAUAAUAAUAAUUAUUAUUAUUAUUAAAAGGACAA